UGAAAGCUGCCUCUUCGCACACCACCUCCGCAUCCUCCUCCGGGAGGGGACGGGGGGCUUCACGGCACGUGCGGUCCGGUUGGGCUUGACGCCAGUUCGCUUACAGUUUGAGGCACGGCCAUGGCGAAAGCUCAGCUGCCGUGGAGAUUCUUCUUCUUCUUCAUCUUUUUCUUCUUCCGGAAGCCCCUGCACACGCAGGCGCGCUUGUCGUCAGCCCACCUCAAGUGUUUGUUCGUGUGCUGGCUGGCGGUGUUGGUGGGCAGCUGGGUGGUCUACGUGGAGUACUCGUCCUACUCCGAGUUGUGCCGAGGACGCCAGUGCAGCGCAGCCAUGUGUGCCAGAUACAGAGAUGGCCUGGUGGACGGCGCUGCCUGCAGCAGCUUGUGUGAUAAGAACACGUUGGAGCUCAACAAGUGUCUCAGCACGCAUGCCACCAAACAGGUGUACUCGAGCAUGUGGGGCGACCUGGAGGGCGUGGUCAGGUGCCAGAUGGACGAGGCCCCCGCUUAUGACGUGGCCGGCCAGAUGGAGACCAGGAAGGAGGUCGUUGCCCGCUUUGCCACCCCCCCGAAAGGAACCUCUGUAGAAAAGUUCAGGGAGAUGAUCCUCGACCACCUCAAGGCCAAAGUGGACGAGGAGCAGGCCAACCUUGGCGAGCUGAGCACGCGUGCCCUGGUGGCAGCCGACGCCAACAAGGACGGCCACAUUUCCCUGGCGGAGGCUCGGUCAUCCUGGGCGCUGCUGCAGCUCGACGACUUCCUGCUGGCGUUGGCGCUGCAGGAACGCGGACACACGCCCAGGAUUCUCGGCUUCUGCGGUGAUCUCUACGUGACGGAGAAGAUACCAAACGCCCCGCUCUACGGUGUCAGGGCACCGGCAUGGGCGCCGGUCUGGGUGCGCCGUGCCACCGACCGCUGGUUUGGCCCCACCUGGCCCCACAGGGCCAAGAUCUCUAUCGGGCUCCUGGAGCUGGUGGAGGAUCUGUUCCACGGGGCCUUUGGUAGCUUUCUCAUGUGCGACCUGAGCGCUGCCCACUUUGGGUACACCGGGCGCCACGAUUUUAGGGUGGCAGAUGCCCAGAACAUCGUCCCUGAAGCCACCUUCCAAGAAGCCAUUCGGCAGCAGAGGUGUGACAAGGACACGGACUGCCUUUACGGCAUGGACUGCCUCACUUCCUGCGAUCUCACCAAGCGGCGCUGUACCCCCGAGGUGGCCCAGCCCAACCUGGCUAAGGCUUGCCGGGUCCUGCAGGAAUACGUCCUGCAGGGGGCGCCCUCGGACAUCCGUGAGGAGCUGGAGAAGCAGCUGAACGCCUGCAUGGCACUGCGCGGAUCAGCAGAGCAGGCCGAGAUCCAACACUCGCUGGUUCUCAACAACCUCAAGACGUUAUUAUGGAAGAAAAUCUCGCACAACAAAGACUCCUAGCCAAAAGUUAUUGGAAUCCUCAAUCAGAGGUUUUCUGGUCUGGAUUGGGGUUUUGGCAGACUUUAAAGGAAUCUUAUGGUAUCCUACACAACUUUUUAAGGUAUUCUCAAUUCAAAUAUUUUGUUUAUGAGUUUAGGGUAGUGUUAUUUUGACCAAAAUAACUCUUGGGAGAUUGAGAGCAGAUUGAGAGUCAGUCUUCAGUCUCAGAAAACCCCAGUUUGCACUGGCGAGCUGUUAUUUUGAGAGUAAGUAAAGAUAAUAUCAAUAUUAAUCGAAAUCAUUUUAACGCGUUUUGAUUUUGCGACAUUCGUUUUUUUCUCAAAUUUGACGUGGUUCAGAAACGGAAGCAUACUGUCUUGUAGGGUAGAAGUUAAGUCAAAUGAUAAUGGCUUUUGAAUUUAAGGAGAAUUAAUUAUUGGUCCAUUGUGCAAAUCCGUUAACCGUCAUUGUGCCACCCACCUCAUCUAGAGCACUUCCCAUUCACAUCAAGCAUUUGACAUAAUAAAUAAUACAUUUCAGUGAUAUAAAUUAUACUCACCAAAGAUUCUGAAACGAAAAAGAAUGCGUGCUAAAUUUGAUUGCUAUUUGCGACACUUGUUUUGCUCGUCAAACGUGGCCUGCUCGAGCAUAACCAACCAAUCAGAGGACGGGAAAACACUGACGUAAUGUUGGGUGGUCCUUUAGGCUAAUUGGUUAAAAACAACGGUUGUAAACUUCUUCCAUGGGCUGCUGCUACAAGUUCCUGCCCUCAUCGAAUAACAGGCGAAGUGAUCGAAAUAUUUCAGAAUGCUUAACUGCAUUUGGAGGGUUUUAUUGCAUGUUUUUAAAUGAUUUAUUUAUUCUCAUUUCUUCAUGUCAAAUGUCACCUGCAUAAAAUUCAUUUUUCUUUGAAUGACACACAUGCAACCACAAAAGUGCAAGCAUGUUUGCAACACUUUGACUUUAUUCUUUUGUAUAAUUCAGUUUUUUUGUAUUGUGCAACCUGUUUUUUUAGGGGAACGCGUUAAGUUUGGUGUCAAAAUGACAUACUCUGUUGUUCCUCCUUUUUAUUGAGCGACAGUGUUUCUAAGCGGCUUCUAAAUCCUUUGUCAGUUGUCAAAAAAAAAAAAAAAAACAGCCAA